GGGAGGUGGGGAAGAUGGCGCUGGCGGCGGCCGCGUACCCUUCUCUGGCCCGGAUGCUCGUCCUGUCACGGCGCCACCUCCGGCCCCCCUCGACGUCGUUCCAGCGCUUCUACAGGGGCGACAGCCCCACAGAUUCUCAGAAAGACAUGAUUGAAAUCCCGCUGCCUCCGUGGGAGGAGCGAACGGACGAGCCCAUAGAGACCAAGCGAGCCCGCCUGCUGUACGAGAGCAGGAAGAGAGGCAUGCUGGAGAACUGCAUCCUGCUCAGCCUGUUUGCGAAGGAGCAUCUGCACCGCAUGACGGAGGAACAGCUGAAUCUCUACGAUCGCCUGAUCAAUGAGCCCAGUAAUGACUGGGACAUUUACUACUGGGCUACAGAAGCAAAACCGGCCCCAGAAAUCUUUGAAAACGAGGUCUUGGACCUGCUGAGAGACUUCGCGAAAAACAAAAACAAGGAGCAGAGGCUGCGCGCGCCGGACCUGGAGUACCUGCUCGAGCAGCGCCGCUGAACCUCCGUCCCCGACCCCCGGGCUCAGACCAGCCCUGAGCUCCUGCUCUCCGGGGCCGGGGGCCUCCAUCACGCCCCACCCUGCCCCUCCCAGUAUGAAUAAAGUGUCCACGGGGCUCAUUCA